AUGGGUGUUCACUUCAUCGACGGAGAGAAGACUGGUCGAACCGAUGCAAAGUGGAACUUCCUUGACAAAGUUGGAGAGCGGAAGGUUGUUGGCGAGUUUCCAGGGUGGUUUAAAGAGUACACGAAGGCGGCAAAGGAGACCAAGCACGGCAUCCUCAUCCUCAACUUGACACAAGCGUACUUCAUGUCAAAGGCAUGCCGGUGGGAGUUCGGCUACAUUCGUCAGCCUGAGCUUAUGCACGUUUUCGUUCCCGGCGAAGCCGGAGCAUCCAGCAUGAUUGUCCCAUGGGACAAUGUUAUGAAAGAUGCUACACUCUGUGCAAGGGCAUUCCAAGGAAGUGGGACUGUCACAGAGUUGGAGCAUUUAGCCAACAGCACCAGGAAGGACCCAGAAGUUAUGGUCAUUGAUGCUAUCGCCAAAGUGGAUGCUGCUGCCAGACUGGUGGAAUCUCAAGAGCACCAGGCAUGGUGUGAGCUUCCUCUGAGGCAAAUGGCUUUGUCCCUUGCCGUGGCAGAGCUGGGCGAGUACAGUCGGCAAGCCAUGACCGCAGCUGAUCACCUCAUGUGGGUGCACCACGAAACUGGCAUGCACAGAGCUGGUUACGAUCUGGGGGCGAAGCUGCUAGAUUUGAGGAGACAGGUGUUUGGGGAGGAGCAUCCGGAAGUAGCGAAGACACUUGCAAAUCUUGCCGUUGCAUCUGGUGACCUUGGUGAUCAUCGCAAAAAGAAGGAGUUGUUAGAGCAGGCGCUGCCUAUCUUCAAGCGACAGCUUGGGGAGGAGCAUGCCGAAGUGGCGACGCAUUUAGCUAAUCUGGGUGCUGCCCUCGGCAGCCUGGGGGACCACUGCCAGCAGAAGGAAUUGCUGGAACGUGCGCUGCAGAUACAGGAGCGAUUGUUUGGAAAAACGAGCUUAGAAGUCACAACCACGCUGGGUAACCUUGCAAUAGCAUAUGGAGAUUUAGGCGAGUUCCGAAAGAAGCGGGAGCUCCUGGAACAGGUCUUGGAAGUGCUACAGCACGAAUACAAGCCGGAGCACCCCCUUGUGGCAAAGACGCUGGCCAAUUUGGCGAACACACAUGGGGACCUUGGUGAGCAUUGGCGGCAAAAGGAGUUGCAAGAGCGCGUCUUGAAAAUCGAGAUCCUCGAGUUUGGAGCUGCCCACCCAAAAGUUGCCAGGACGCUUGGAAAUUUGAGCGCUGCACAUGGAAAUUUGGGUGAGUACCACGAGCAGAAAAGGCUGUUGACACAACAGCUUAAGAUUGAAGAAGCUUUUUACGGUUCACAGCACCCCACCGUAGCGUUGACUCUUGGCAAUCUUGGAGUUGUCGCUGGGAACCUCGGUGAUUAUCAUGAGAAGACAGAAUUGUUGGAGCGUGCGCUGAAGAUCGAGGAGCGAGAAUUUGGCAAAGAGAGCUCGCGAGUGGCAAAAACUCUGGUGAAUUUAGCCAACGCGUAUGGAUGCCUGCAUGAUUUUGGUCAACAGGCAGCCCCGCUGGAACGUGCACUGCUUAUUCUUGAGAACGAGUUCGGGCCUUCAAGCCCGAUUGUUGCCAAAACGCUUGGCAAUCUUGCCAACGCAUGUUCUGCAUUGGGAGAUCACCAACGACAGAGAGACUUGUUGGAACGCGCCCUGAGCAUUUUCAAGCAAGAAUAUGGAGAGGGCCACCCGGACGUGGCGAGGACUUUUGCAAACCUUGGAUUGGCGCACGGAUGCCUAGGUGAUCACCACAAGCAGAAAGACUUGCUAGAACGUGCCCUCAGGGGGUUUGAGCAUGCGUUUGGGAAGGAACAUCCCGAGGUAGCAAGAACACUUCACAAGCUGGCCAGCGCAAGCGGCAUUCUGGGGGAUCACCGCCAAGAGAAGGAGUUCCUUCAAGAAGCGCUCGCGAUUGAAGAGUUUCAGGGUGGGUCGGAGAGUAUUCAGGUGGGUCAGACAUUAGCUAAAAUUGCCAAUGCCUGUGCAGCUCUGGCUGCAAGGGGAACUUCGUCCGAGCUGCGUGAGUUGAGAGAUGUCUUACAGCGCGUCCUCAAGAUUUUUGAGCCUGUUCUCGGGGAUGAUCACCCCAUGGUGCAGAACACUCGUGACAAUCUUGUCAACGCCUGCUCGAAGCUGGGUGACGUUGACUGCAAGAAGGAAGUAUUAGCAGCAAUUUUAAAGACAACCGAGUGCAGGCUUGGUGAAGAUCACCCGGAAGUGGCUCUGGCGCUUUCGAAGCUUGCCAUGGCCUGCGGAGCUACAGGAGAAUCUGCGAAGCAGACUGAGCUUCUAGAGCGUGCGUUGAGGAUCAUGUACGAGUUUGAUGCAAGCCACCCACUGGCCAUCCAGAUUCAGGCUGCUCUCUCGCAAAGCUCACGAUAG